UGCGGCGGCGACUUUUGGUUGUGUUUUUAAACAAUUGUGGCGAUAAAGUGGUUUGGUUAUAAAAUUAAUAAACAAAAAUUUGCCAAAAACAGCCAGUUACCAACGAAGAGCAGCCAAUAUGUCGUUUCUACUGAAAGCAGCCGCCACAGCCCGUCACAUCGUUCAUAAGGUACCCGUGCGCCACCUGAAUCUCCUGGAGUUCCAGAGCAAGGACCUCCUCCAGAAGUACGGAGUGGCCAUCCAGCAAUUCAAGGUUCUGGAUAACUCCCAGGCAGAUGCAGAUGUCGUCAAGACUUUUGAAUGCCCCGAGUAUGUGGUGAAGGCGCAGAUUCUUGCCGGUGGGCGUGGCAAGGGGACUUUCGACAACGGUUUCAAAGGCGGCGUGCAUAUCACCUCCAACAAGAGCGAGGUGCUUUCGCUCACCAAGCAGAUGAUUGGAAACCGGCUGAUAACCAAACAAACCCCCAAAUCGGGAAUCCUGGUCAACAAGGUCAUGGUGGCGCGCAGUAUCAACAUCACCCGGGAGACCUAUCUCUGCAUCUUGCUGGACCGAGAGCACAAUGGACCCGUGCUGAUUGCAUCGCCUGCCGGAGGCAUGGAUAUCGAGGCGGUGGCCGAGGAGACCCCCGAGAAAAUUAAGACUGUCCCGCUGAGCAUUGAUAAACCCAUUCCGGAGUCGACGCUUCUGGAGGUGGCCAAGUUCUUGGAGUUCAAGGGAGACGCCGUGAAGCGUUGUGCCGAGGAAAUUCAAAAGCUCUACACUCUCUUCAAGGCAGUGGAUGCCGUACAGAUUGAGAUCAAUCCGCUGGCGGAGACGGACAAGGGAGAAGUGAUCUCCGUUGAUGCCAAGCUGAACUUUGAUGAUAAUGCCCAGUUUCGGCAGAAGGAUAUCUUCGCUAUGGACGUCACCGAGGAGGAGUCCGAUCCCCGUGAAGUGGAGGCAGCCAAAUACAACCUGAACUAUGUGGCCAUGGAUGGAAACAUUGGUUGCUUGGUAAAUGGCGCUGGCUUGGCCAUGGCCACCAUGGACAUAAUCAAGCUGAAUGGAGCUGAGCCCGCCAACUUCCUGGAUGUCGGUGGUGGCGUCAAUGAGGCUCAGGUGGCCAAGGCCUUUGAGAUCCUCACCGCUGAUCCGAAAGUCAAGGGAAUCCUGGUUAACGUCUUUGGUGGCAUUGUCAAUUGCGCCACCAUUGCCAAUGGCAUUGUGGCUGCCUCCAAGAAAUUGCAACUGAAUGUUCCAUUGGUUGUGCGAUUGGAGGGCACUAAUGUGAACCAGGCCCGCGAGAUCCUCAAGAAUUCGGGUCUGCCCAUUCAGACUGCCAGUGACUUGGAUGAUGCCGCCCACAAGGCGGUUGCCGCCCUUAAUUAGGUGUACUUUCAUCAAGGAGAGAAUGUCUUCCAAAUUAUCACGACGCACAUUAGCAUUUACAACGGAUAGGCCUUUUAAUUAUAAGUUUUUAUCGACAAUAUAACCAGAAUGUUAUAUUUUAAA